CGACAUCUGGUAUUUCUUCGCUCAUCUCCUCGGCGCAUACCUUGCCUCUUCUCCUUUCUAUUUGGACUCUGUUUCUGAUUCCUCUAUUGUUUCUCUCCAUUUCUCCCGCCUUCACUUAUCCAUCUCUACCCAAGGCCUUCAGAGUUUCAUCUCCGAAGGUGGCUAUUUCUUCUGGUACGGUUCAUAUAAAUUCAGAUUGAACAAUACAUUUUCUAAAUCGUCUUCUCAACGACUGCAGCAUACAACCCAAUUCCUUUGUCCCAGAUGAACCGUGGUAGACAUUCUGUACUGUAGAUGUGGGUAAUCUCCAACGCAACCGCAAGAGGGAGAUUGCGUCGACUCGAUCUACUUCACGCAAAGGCAAAGGUAAAGCGCGGGCCGAGUCUUGUAUUCAAAGUCGAGAUGAUUUUGAAACGGAUUACCAACGGUGAGAUGAUAUGAUGAUGUCCGACGAGCAAUUACAAAACCUAUUGUCCCAAAAUGAUCCACGCUUUGCACAAGAACAACAAUUCCCGACAACCAUUGAUGAAGAGGAGCUCGAGGAUGACGAUGCGGAGGAGGACGCGGGGGGCGACGGGACUCACGGCACCCCGGAUGAUGAGCAAGAGUUGGAGGACGAGGGCGGUUCACCCCAAAUUGGUAAGAAAUCUAAAUCUCCUAUUAUUGAAAACAAUUUUACAAAAAGGAAAGACAAAAAUACCGAAAAAUGGUACGCAAGUUGCAAUCAUUGCCACAAAGAGUAUAGCUUGGGAACUUCUGGCGGAUACGGGAGUCUCACAAGGCAUCUUAAGGGGAAGCAAACACAAAUAUCGAGGUUUGCAAAUUCUCAACCCUUUGGUAAUUUCUCCUAUGAUGAUCAAAAACAUUUGACUGGUAUAUCUCAUUUAAUUGUUGAAGAAAAUUUACCCUAUAUUUUUUCCGUAAGCCUUGCUUUAAGAGAUUAUGCUCAAGGUACUUUAAAUCUUCAAUUUUGAAAUUAUAGUCGCAAAACGAUUAAAAAAGAAGUUAUAAGGCAAUAUAACUUGGAAAAAGAAAAAUUACAAACAUUUUUCGCAAACUUUGAUGGACGUGUUAGUAUUUGUAGCAAUAUAUGGGAGGAUACUUAUCAUCAUUUAUAUUAUUUGGGUCUUACUGCACAUUAUAUUGAUGAUGAUUGGAAUAUGCAUAAACGUGUUCUUGCUUUUCGUGAAUUCAAUGAUCGUCACACUGCUGAUAAUAUUUAUAUUCUCAUUGAGCGUAUUUUAAUUGAGUAUAAUUUGAUUGGUAAGGUGUUUAUUGUAGGUUUUGAUAAUGCUAGUAAUAAUACUACUGUUAUACCUAGAUUGCGUGAAUUGUGUGGUGCUUCUACAUUGAUGGGUAGGUUUUUUCAUCAACGUUGUGCAUGUCAUAUUCUAAAUUUGUGUGUACAAGAUGGCUUAGCGGCAUUAAGAAAUGCUUUGGAGGUAGUGAAGGGGGGAAUUAAAUUGAUUUGGGCUAGCACUCCACUAAAAAUGCAAUGGUGGCAAUAUUUGAAAGAUAGACGUGUCAAUGAUUGUGUUUUUCCUAAAGAUUUGUCUAUUCGUUGGAAUAGUACUUAUAAUUUAAUUCAAGUACUUAUUAGAUAUAAAGAUCAUUUUCCUGCUUUUUUAAGACAAUCUUGUAACUAUAUUAUAAACACGGCUGACAUCGACACUUGUGAAAAAAUUGUUAAUGUUUUGCCAUAUUUUAAUAACGCAACUCAAACUUUUAGUCAUGUUUAUAAACCUACCGCAAACGAAUUUUUUGUUGAGGCUGUUAAUCUCGCCGGCUUUUUUGUGAAUUUUCCGAUGCUGCUUACAUUAGUUAUUUUUGUGAUUUCAUGAAACAAAAGUUUUUAAAAUAUUAUUCACAUAUUCCGCAUAUAUAUGGUAUUGCAUUUGUUCUUGAUCCUCGUUAUAAACUUGCUUACUUGGCAAAUUGUAUAGAUUACUAUUAUGCUUCUUUUUUUCCAACUCAAGAGUUCGAUGAUAAUCCCAUCGACCCUAAACAAGAAUUCAACGAGGUUAGUAAUUUAUUUCAUCAAUUGUAUAAUAAAUUUCAUGCACAAUAUGGUAAUGCACCCCCUCCCAUGCCACGAACAUCUUCUUCAUCUAAAGGGAAAUCACUUUUAAAAUCCGCUUUUGGUUCUCUUUUGAAAAAAAGUAGAGCAACUCCCGCUAUUGAACAAAGCUCAGGUAACGAGCUUUCUUUGUAUCUAACAUUGAAUGUUGAUUACGAAGUUGGGGAUGACUUUGACGUUCUUAAGUGGUGGAAGGAAAAUGAAAGAACGUUCCCGAUUUUAUUAAAGAUGGCUAAGCAAGUGCUAGCAAUGCCGAUAUCAACCGUUGCCGUGGAACAAGAAUUUAGUGCGGCCGGCAACGUCCUAACCGAUUAUAGAACGCGGUUGAGCCCGAGCUCUCUUGAGACGCUAGUGUUCUUCCAUAAUUGGUUGAAGGCCCAACGAAGAACUCAAAAAUGACCAUCGCUCCCACCCGUCACUUUAUGGAGGAAACAACCGAAGGCGGAGAUUCUGAUUGAUUUUUUAUUACAAAAUGUAUUACAUUUUUUAAAUUAAUCCUAAUUCUCGAUUGUACUUCUUAUUUGAAAUAAAUAUACUUGAAUUAUUU